AUUAAUAACAAAACACCUAAACAGUGAUAUAUAUAAAUAUAUUCAAUGGCCUAUAAGUCAGUAUGUGUAAGCUAUGUUUUAUGGCUUUUCUUUGGAUUUUUUGGAGUUCACAGAUUUUAUUUAAAUCGUCCAUGUAGUGGUGUAUUUUAUUUACUAACCCUUGGUGGUUUCAUUAUAGGUUGGUUUAUUGAUAUAUGUUUAAUUCCAGUAAUGGUUGAGGAAGAAAACUCUAAAUAUGACAAUAGAGGAGGAACAACUAUUAAUGUUGUACAAACCACUACAACAACAGCAACAGGAUCACCAGUUAUGAUGACACAACAACCGGGUUAUCCACAACAACAACCAAUGAUGGCACAACAACCGGGUUAUCCACAACAACAACAACCAAUGAUGGCACAACAACCAUAUUCUCAACAAUAUCCACCACAACCAUCACAACAUAAUCCAUAUGGACAACCAAAUCCAUCAGCUCCAGUUUAUUACCCACAAGCAUCAAACCCACAACAACAACAAAUUUAUCAACCACCACCAGCAGGUUAUUAUCAACCACCACCACCACAAGCCCAAGCUGCACCACCACAAGCCCAAGCUGCACCACCACCAUAUCCCACAGUUACUCCUCCAACAGCCCCAUCGGCCCCACCAACAAAUGAAUCCCAACACAAUAUUGAUAAAAUUGACCCAUAGUAAUAAUAAAUUAUAGUAAACAGAAAUGAUAAAUAAUUUUGUUCUUCAAAAUUUAUAUGUAAAAUAUUAUAAAAUUUAAAUAAAUUUCAAAUAUUAUAAGUAAUAAUUU